AUGGGCUUUGGCACCGAUGGUCCUCAUGGCGGUCCUCAGAAUAUGUCCUUCCCGAUGAUCCCUCCUUUCCAGAUUCUUGGGCCUCACAAGAACCCUUAUCCUGGCACCGUCUGUUUGCCACAGGUUCCACUGCCUGCCAACACGACAGUCAAGCCUGGCGACAAAGCCACAAUCCAGAUCGUCGAGUUGGCCGUCCACGGUGCCGCUCUCUACUCGUGCGUUGAUAUUAUCUUUGCCGAACCGGGUGACCCGCGCAUCCCCGAGGUCAAUGAAACCAACUGCUUCAACAGCACCGACAUUGGUGUCGCCGAUAUCUACACGCUGACACUGCGCGCAUCGGGCGAAGACCCUAACGCUCCCAGGACCAGUGGCGCUAGUCUUGAGAACUACCGCUUCCUUGGGCAUCUGCCGCUAUUGCUUGUCGGCUUGGCAGCUUGGAUGGUGCUAUGA